AUGGAGGGAGAUUCAGUCACUCUUAACUCUGGUUUUAUUGCUAUUUCUGAAAUGGAAGAUUGUGAGAUUCAGUGGAUUUUUGGACGUGCAAGAACGUUAAUAGCUGUAAUCAAUAAACAGACCAACAGAUUCUCUGUGUAUGAUGGUGUUCUUGAUGGGAGAUUCAGAAACAGACUGAAGCUGGACGAUCAAACUGGAGAUCUGACCAUCACAAACACCACGAUGAAACAUGCUGGAUGUUAUAAAGCACAGAUCCUCUAUAUAAGUAUUGAUUACAACCUCAUUGUCUAUGCUCGUCUGCCUGUUCCUGUCAUCAGCCGAGUCUGUUCUUCUUCAUCAUCAUCUUCAAACUGUUCACUGGUGUGUUCAGUGGUGAUUGUGGGUCAUGUGACUCUCUCCUGGUACAAAGGAAACAGUUUAUUGUCCAGCAUCAGUGUGUCUGAUCUCAGCAUCAGUCUCUCUCUACCUCUGGAGGUGGAAUAUCAGGAGAAAAACAGCUACAGCUGUGUGAUCAACAAUCCCAUCAGAAACCAGACCACACAUCUGGACAUCACUCAACUCUGUCAACCAUGUUCAGACUCUGAACACUGUUGUGGUUCUACUGAAGCUGUGAUCCGAUUGGUCCUCUCUGCUCUGGUGGGCGUGGCUACUGUCAUUCUUCUGGUUUAUGACAUCAGAUCCACAAGAGCUGAUCAAGAUCAAGCACAGAUGCACCCAUAAGGGAAACCAGAUAAAACAAAAUCCCUGGAGACACAGAUCACCUUGGAAAUCUUGCGACUCCGAUCUUCUGGCAGUUUUCAGCAACUUUGUUGAUUCACCUUGGAGCAGUCAACCCAUGGAUUAAAUGACAAAUAACUCCUAACAGAAUUCAACUAGAAUCUACAAAUUAUACAUGUACCGGGAAACUUUACUCAGCAACUACAGAACCAAUGCAAGUAAUCGCUUGUUAACCAUUUAGAUGCGCUUCGAUGCUUUGAUUCCUUUUUAAUUAAGGUGAGGUGAUUCUUUGAUGGUUCUUAACAGGUUGUGAUUAGCUGAUGAGUAAAUACUGCUAUUAUGCUAAACUCUCUUGCAUGGGAGCGCUACC